AUGAAGGUGCCCGCCACCGUCGCCGCCGGAGAGAAGACGCUGAUUUGCCUUUUUUGUGGAAGAGGUGGAGAUGCACGCCUUUCCUCCUGUGAGCUCUAUGACGUCAGUCAGGACAGGUGAGAAGACGCCGGUCGUCGUCGCACAUCCAAUUUUUGCUAGAAAUAUCACUCACUCACUGUCCCGCUUACCCUCCGCUUCCCCGAACAGAUGGCACAAAUUGCCCGAUCUACCGGAGAAGAGGAGCGGUCCAGCUGCUGCCUGCCUACCCGACGACAGUCGGGUCUUCGUUUUUGGCGGUAGGGAUGUCUCCUCCUCCGCGCUUGCUUCCGUGGUCUUCUGCCAUCUGCGGGCAGACUGGCAGGGACAGGCGACCUCAGCGGACUUUUGGCAGCCAGCUGCCCCCAUGAGAACUGCACGAUGGGGGCUCGCAGCGACGGCAUUUCGGGGAGCAAUCCUGGUCGCCGGUGGAUGCGAUGGCCAAAGGACUUUCAACGUCGUGGAGGUGUUCUCGUUGCCAGACGCCAGCAUACCCCACGGCCAGUGGACAGAGCUGGCCGUCAUGAAGCAGUCUCGCUGGUUCUUCACUCUUCUCACCUCCGCCAACGCCGUCUUUGCCCUCGGUAAGGCGAUACACAGAUUAAAUGGAUCCUUUCAUGUUAUUUGCUGGCCUCUUUCAUAUUAGCCUACUUUUAUUCUACAAAGCUGAAAGAUUACAGCACCUGGAAGGUGACGCCAGAUGCAACUGUAAUCUGUGACAUGACGCCGUGGAGGCUUUUCUCCUGCGCACUGCGCCAUCACAGCAAGAAGCAUUCGGCGAUCCUUCAUUUUUUUAGAAAAUUCUUUUCUCUCUAUUAUAUUUUCUCUUCAAAUGGCACUUCAUCAUGUUUAUUCAAAUGAAACAUUGUAGGCAACGACGACGCACCGAAAAACACGGCGGAGACUCUCACGGCACCAGGAGGUUCAACCGACUUUGGCAAUGACUUGACAUCUUGGGUCUGGUUGUCCAUGAGCCCAGUGGAGACGCUGGAGUGGAUUGAUGGAGCUACAAACAUUCGCAUGUAA